AUGGAUACAAAUGGCGAUCUAGGUAGACCUCCCAAAGUCAAUGGUGCCAGCUGCGUACAACCAUGCACCAUACCAUUAUUCACGGCAACUCAUGUAAAGGAUGCAACACUCGGCGGGCACCUAGCUCGACGUCUAGUUGAGAUAGGUGUUUCAGAUGUGUUUUCUGUACCUGGUGACUUUAACCUUACUUUGCUAGAUCAUCUUAUUGCUGAGCCGGGGCUUAACCUCGUUGGGUGCUGCAACGAGCUUAAUGCAGGGUAUGCUGCAGAUGGUUAUGCUAGGUCACGUGGAGUUGGUGCGUGUGUUGUUACGUUUACUGUUGGUGGACUUAGUGUGCUUAAUGCCAUUGCUGGUGCGUAUAGUGAGAAUCUCCCUGUUAUAUGUAUCGUUGGUGGACCAAAUUCGAAUGAUUAUGGAACUAGCAGGAUCCUUCAUCAUACCAUUGGAUUGCCUGAUUUUAGCCAGGAGCUUCGGUGUUUCCAAACGGUCACUUGCUUUCAGGCUGUGGUGAAUAACUUGGAAGAUGCACAUGAACUGACUGAUACUGCGAUUUUUACUGCUUUGAAAGAGAGCAAGCCUGUGUAUAUCAGCAUUGGCUGUAACUUGCCUGCAAUCCCUCAUCCCACUUUUAGCCGAGAACCCGUUCCAUUUUCUUUGUCUCCCAAAUUAAGUAAUAAUAUGGGUUUGGAAGCUGCUGUUGAGGCUGCAGCAGAGUUCUUGAACAAGGCAGUAAAGCCCGUAAUGGUUGGUGGCCCUAGAAUGCGUGUAGCAAAUGCAUGCCAGGCAUUUGUUGAACUAGCAGAUGCUUCAGGUUAUGCCGUGGCAGUGUUGCCAUCAGGAAAAGGUCUAGUUCCCGAGCACCAUCCCCACUUCAUUGGAACAUAUUGGGGUGCUGUAAGCACGGCAUUCUGUGCUGAAAUUAUUGAAUCAGCGGACGCUUAUAUGUUUGUUGGGCCCAUAUACAACGAUUACAGCUCUGUAGGGUACUCUCUUCUUCUCAAGAAAGAGAAGGCGCUUAUUGUGCAUCCUGAUCGGGUUGUAAUAGGAAAUGGGCCAAGUUUUGGUUGUAUUAAUAUGAAAGAUUUCUUGCUUGCUCUAGCCAAACGGCUUAACAAAAACACCACUGCUUAUGAGAAUUACCAGCGGAUUUAUGUGCCAGAAGGGCAUCCUCUACAAUGUUCCCCAAAGGAGCCAUUGAGGGUGAAUGUUCUGUUUAAACACGUACAGAAGAUGUUGUCCAGUGACACAGUUGUGAUCGCUGAAACAGGUGAUUCUUGGUUCAACUGCCAAAAACUAAGACUGCCACAAGGAUGCGGAUAUGAAUUCCAGAUGCAAUAUGGUUCCAUUGGUUGGUCUGUUGGUGCAACCCUUGGUUAUGCACAGGCUGCAACUGAUAAGAGAGUGAUUUCAUUCAUUGGUGAUGGCAGCUUUCAGGUUACAGCACAAGAUGUGUCAACAAUGUUGCGGUGUGGGCAGAAAAACAUCAUUUUCCUCAUAAAUAAUGGUGGUUACACAAUCGAAGUACAAAUCCAUGACGGGCCAUACAAUGUGAUUAAGAAUUGGAACUACACUGGAUUAGUUGAUGCCAUCCACAAUGGCGAGGGCAACUGUUGGACGACAAAGGUACAUUGUGAAAAAGAUUUGAUUGAAGCAAUCCAGACAGCAACUGAAGAUAAAAAGGAUUGUUUGUGCUUCAUUGAAGUGAUAGUUCACAAAGAUGACACGAGCAAAGAGUUGCUCGAAUGGGGUUCAAGAGUGUCCGCUGCUAAUAGCCGUCCUCCUAACCCUCAGUAA